AUGAUCCAUCUACUUUGUUCUGUGGUCCUGGUGGCACUUUCUAUAGAAGCUGCUCCUCAGAAAGAUCAGAUCAACCACUUGCCUGGCCUGGAUGAGGAGCCAUCUUUCCUGCAGUACUCUGGGUACCUGAAUGUACCAGGGGGCAAAUAUUUACAUUAUUGGUUUGUGGAGUCCCAGCAAGAUCCCAGCUCUAGUCCAGUGGUCCUGUGGCUGAAUGGAGGUCCUGGUUGCAGCUCCCUUGGAGGUUUCCUAAAAGGACAUGGCCCUUUUCUGGUUCAAGAAGAUGGCCACACGCUGAAGAGCAAUCCACAUUCCUGGAAUAAGAUUGCAAAUAUGCUGUACCUGGAAUCCCCAGCUGGGGUUGGAUUUUCCUAUUCUGAUGACAAAAGAUAUCAAACAAAUGAUACACAGACUGCUCGGGAUAACCACAUGGCAUUAAAGGAUUUUUUCCACCAUUUUCCAGAGUUCAGUGGAAAUGAUUUUUACAUUGCGGGGGAAAGUUAUGGAGGAUUUUAUGUUCCUUAUUUGGCGGUAGAGCUAUCCAAUGAUGAUAGUAUAAAUCUGAAGGGUAUUGCUAUAGGAAACGGACUGACUAGUUAUAGAAUGAACCAUGACUCUCUUAUGUACUUUGUAUAUUAUCAUGGUCUAAUUGACACAGAAUUGUGGUCAGAUAUGCAGUCUGCCUGCUGUAAGGAAACAAAAUGUAACUUUAUGGACCUGAAGAAUCAGCAGUGUGUGCAAAAAAUGAGAAUUGCCAGUGUCAGUUUUCAUCAACUGAAUAUAUAUAAUUUGUACAAGCCAUGCGAAAAUGGGGAACCCGGACAAAUUAGGGAUUUAGGAGACCACGUUGUAGCAUACCAUCCUGGUGUAUACAACCCUGAAAUCCAUUCCCGUUUCCGUGCGAAACUGAAAAAGUUCUCUGAGUUAAAGAAGCCAAUAAAACUGGGCAUGCCCUGUGCAAAUUACACAAGAAUCAACACCUACCUAAAUAAACCCGAUGUGCAAGCAGAACUGCAUGUCAAGAACCCACAGACAGGCUGGACCUCAUGUAGUGAAGAAGUGUUUGGACUUUUUGACAGUGAUUCGGAGGAUGUACAAGAUCAGUACUUGGAACUGCUGAAGAAGGGCUACCGUAUUUUUGUAUACAGCGGAGAUAUAGAUAUGGCUUGCAAUUUUCUGGGUGUUGACUGGUUCAUAACCUCGCUUAAACUAAAGAUGCAGGUACCCUACAAUGUAUGGUGGUACACAGGGGAGGAUCCUCCACAGGUUGCGGGUUUUGUGAAGCAAUAUGCCAAUCUUACUCUUCUGACUGUGAAGGGAGCCGGUCAUAUGGUACCAGAAGACAAACCCGAAGCAGCUUUCAUCAUAUUCCAUCAUUUUAUCAAUAAUGAACCCUUCUAG